GGCCCAAUGGGGCGAGGCGGGAGGCGGGACCCCGCGGCCGGGCUGCCAAUGCGGGGGAGGGGGCGUGGCAGAGUGGGCAGCCGUCGAGGCCUACGGCGGAGCGCGGCGCAGCCUACAUCUCUGCAAAGCCACCGGUGAGUCCGGUCACAGCCCAGCACCAUGAACGUGUUUGACCGAAACAUCAACUUUGACGCCCUCUUCAAGUUCUCCCACAUCUCUGCCUCCACCCAGGAGCACCUGAAGAGGGUCUAUGGCAGCUUCGCCCUCUGCAUGUUUGUGGCGGCCGCGGGCGCCUACGUCAACAUGGUGACCCACCUCUUCCAGUUCAGCCUGCUGACCGGCUUUGGUGCCCUGGGGCUGAUGAUCUGGCUCACGGCCACCCCGCACAGCAAGGAGACGGAGCAGAAGAGGCUGGGCAUGCUGGCCGGCUUCGCCUUCCUCACGGGCAUCAACCUGGGGCCCCUCCUGGCAAUGUGCAUCUCCAUCAACCCCAGCAUCAUCCCCACCGCCUUCCUGGGCACCGCCACCAUCUUCGCCUGCUUCUCGCUGAGCGCCCUGUACGCCCGGCGCCGCAGCUUCCUCUACCUGGGAGGGUUCCUGCUCUCCGGCCUCACCCUGAUGCUUCUCUCCUCCGUGGUUAAUGCGUUCGUGGGAUCCACUUGGCUCUUCACGGCCAACCUGUACCUGGGGCUGAUGCUCAUGUGCGGCUUCGUCCUCUUCGACACGCAGCUCAUCAUUGAGAAGGCGGAGAGCGGGGACAAGGAUUACAUCUGGCACUGCGUGGAUCUCUUCCUCGACUUCGUCAACAUCUUCCGGGAGCUCCUGAUGAUCCUGGGCAUGACCGAGAACAAGAAGAAGGAGAAGAAGUGAAGCCGCUCCAGGUCGAGGUGGAGCCGUCCCCAUCCGGUCCCCUUCCCCGUCCCGUCCCCAUCCCAGUGCCCUCCCUUCUCUAAUUCAUUAAAGGGGUUGCGCUUGCUGCUGAUGAAAAGCAGCCGAGAAGCUUUCGCACCUUGUGGGUUUUUCUCUUGUUUAGCUUUUCUUUGAUUAGAAACCAGCUGAUUUGCGGAUCCUGCUGGAGUUUGGCUCCCCCCGGCCCGGGAUGGUGGCCGGCAGGUGCCUCGUGCUGGCUCCAGAGGCCGAAUCCAUCAGGGUUAUUGUAGACGUUCGAUCUUUCGUUAGAGGUUUCUCCCCUUCCCCAGCCCCGGGGGCCACGUGUCCCCACCGAGACGUCCCGGCGCGGGGCAUCGGCACCCGCCGCCCUGCCCCCCGGAGCUGCGGCUUCAUCUCCCGCCCCGAGCUGUGCUGGGGGGAGCAGGCGCCUCGUCCGCUCCCCGCACCAGCACGGGGCUGGCGCAGCCCCCCGGCCCCCCUGCACCAGCCAGGGGGCACCGAGACCCCCCCCCCCCCCCCCGCUGCCCUGUGGGGCCGGGGCACCCGGUGCAGCCCACCAGGACCCCGGGCCGGCCAUGCCCUGCGCGUCUUGCCGGAAGCCAAACUCCACCUCUGCCUGCUCGGGACGGAGGAGCCUCUCCUUUAGCACCAGUGCCAAGAAAUACAGUGGGAAAGAAACCAUCUACCGCGCGAGCCGUCUAGCAGGUCUGACCCAGUAAUGACUGUAAUUACCCUCCUCUUGUACCCGCGUACAGCCCUGGCUGCGGUAUAGAACCUCAGACUGUGAAGACAAAGGUGUUUUGAUUCAGAGCUCUAUAAAAAUCUCCAUAGUCUUACUUUGUACACCAAGAUAAUUCAAUAAAAUGCUCAGACUUUA